CAAGACAAAGAAGAAACAGAAAAGAGAUGCCAUGAAGUAACCCUUCCACCAAACACCAACCCUUUACCUUUAUCCCCCUCUUCCACAUUCUCCUCUCAAUGUAAUCACUUACCAUGGCUCCUACUCUCUUUCGUCCCAUUUUCUCUAAUUUCCUCUCUCUUCUAUUCCUUUUACUUCACCUGGGCUGCUUCGUCUUCUCCCCUUCUUCAUCCUCAUCCCAAAAUCAAUCUUCAAAAAAGCGAAAACACUCUUCUAAUCUCAAUUCUUCGCCUCCACCACCGUCUACUCGUCUCAAAUCCUCAACCACCAACGCUAUUUCCUCUUCAUGGUCUUACAUCAAACGUAUUUUCUCAUCCAAUAAACAGAAAAUCAUCAACACCCAAACUCACAAUAACCCUUCAAUUCAAUCUCCCUGUUCUUCAACAAGGUCCCUGCAAAAACCCAUUUCAUCAGAUGACCUAAUUAACCGCUCCGAAAUCACCUCCGAUCAAUCAUUCUUCCCUUUACGGAACGAUAUCUACCCAUGUACUUUAUGUGGGGAAGUAUUCCAAAGCCCCAUUCAUCUCGAACAACACCAAUCGAUUAAGCAUGCUAUUUCGGAACUCACCGAUGAGGAUUCGGGUAACAAUAUAGUUCGGAUCAUUUUCCAAACGGGCUGGGUUGAUAAAGAGAAAAACCCGGUUAUCAAUCGGAUCCUUAAGAUCCACAACAGCAAACGGAUCCUAUCCCGGUUCGAAGAAUACAGAGAAUGCGUGAAGGUAAAAGCUAGCCGAAACGCCGCCGUUAAGAGAGACGAACGGUGUAUAGCGGACGGCAAUGAAGUGUUGAGAUUUCACUGUACUACCUUCAUUUGUGAGCUAGGACAAAAUGGUGAUUCCAGCCUAUGUACUCAACAGUAUUGCAGUGUGUGUGGAAUUAUAAAAAGUGGAUUCUCGCAUAAGAUGGACGGAAUUUCCAUGCAGCCUAGCAGCUGGAGGGGACACGUGUCGGUGCCUGAGGGGAUUGAGGAAGAAUUCGGGUUUAUGAACGUGAAGCGUGCGAUGUUGGUGUGUCGGGUAAUUGCGGGUCGGGUCGGGUGUGAUCCGGGUUAUGUGGAUAAGGAGGAUUCCGGGUUUGAUUCGUUGGUGGGUAGGGAAAACGGGUCACAGAUGAGAUUGGAUGAAGAAGAUGAACUGUUGGUAUUUAAUUCAAGAGCUGUACUGCCUUGUUUUGUUAUAGUGUAUACUGUAUGAUUAGUGAUAAUAAUUAAGAUGCUGGUGUGUUAAUUAUUCCAUGAGAAAUUUGGUGUUAAUUUUCAGUAUUACCACAACUUAAUAGAAUACUACUUAAUCUAGUGUGUGACUGAAUCUCAAUAGUUACGUACAAUCGAUGUAAAUAAGUGGAAAUAACAUGUUUGAUUCGUAAAAUCAACAA